UCGCGGGGGUGGGGGUGGAGGGAUCGGCACGGCUCUCACUGCCCAUUUUACCAAACUCCAUCCAUCCUGAAUACAUAAAAAGGUGAAAAUAACGAACAGUGAUUUUAUCUAAUUACUUUCUAAUAUUUGUUUUAAUUUCAUUAUAGGCCCAGUUCACAAAAUAUGAGGAGAAGUGAAUCUCAUAUUUCUUAAAGAAUAUAUCAGCAAGACUAUAGCUGACAUCUUGAAAUCUUAAGAAUUACACUAUCGGUCAAAUGUUGUCGUUUUUAUACUGGAAAGCAAGAAUCUGGAUAUGACCAACAUAUGGGAAUAACAAUGACACAGCCCGUCACUCGGGCACAGGAGCUCAUCUCCUGUGACCUAAGCUGUGACAACCCCGUCCAGCAAUUCUGUAACAGCUGCCAAGUUAGUCUGUGUGCAGACUGCAUUAACAAACAUCUAGAUAGCCUCAAGUCCAUGAAGCACGACAUCGUUCCUUUCACAAAGCGCACAGUCCAGCUAGUGUUCCCUCAGUGUACAUCUCACUCCCACCAGAGAUGUGAGGCCCACUGUCAACAGUGUGAUAUCCCAAUCUGCAUUAAAUGUGUCAUGGGUCCUCGUCACAAAGGUCAUGAUAUUGAAGAUAUGGUAGACAUUGUUGCCAGAAAGAGAGAAAAAAUCAAAAGAGAAACAGAAGAAAUUCAGAAAAUUAUAUCCAAGAACAAGGCAUACGAUGCAACUGCUGAAAACAAAUUGUCCAAGUUCCUGAUCUACCUCUCCGACUUAGCAAAACAAACUAAAGAUCAACGAAAGCUAUGGCACCUAGAAGUAGAUGCCAUCUUCGACAAAUUCGAUUCGCUUAUCCAGUCAAUCCAAGAUCAAGAAAUCAAAAUUCUGAAAUCAUACCAGACACAACUGAGAAGUCAAAAUUCCCAUAUGACCCAAACUGUCCAGGAAAAUAGAGACAUCCUGAAGUCCAACAACGUCUGUGAUGUCACUGACCAUAAAUCGAAACUGAAUCAAUUGAAAGGCGUUCUAGAAGUUCCUAAUAUAAAACAACCAUCCUUCAAAACAAAAGCAGCCCAAGGAAGAAUACUUUGCGUAGAGUUUAGAGAAUACAAAGCUACAAUGAUUCUGACCACACUGUCCAGUCUCAGAGAUGGGGGUGUUAAGAUUUUAUUAGACGAUGCCAAAGAGAUUGCAAACAUUUCAACAAAUCUCACUAAGUUAGCAAAAGUAGCAUGUGUUAAAUCCGAUAGAGCUUGGCUCAAUGGAAAAGAUGAUCAAAUGAUACGAUGUGUAGAUAUACAUGGAACUGUACAAGACACUGUCAACAGUACAUGUCUGGAUUUCCCUACUGACAUUACAGUGAAUAGUCAGGGAGAACUGAUUUACUCUGAUUAUAUGAACCGAAUUGUGAACAUUGUCAGACGCGGAACGAACACAAUGAUCACAUUAUCACAGGGUUGGCAUCCAAUGGGACUCUGCUGUACCAGAUCAGAUGAUAUUUUGGUCAGCACAAAAACUACUGAUAAUCACCACUGCAAAAUUGUCCGUUACCAGGGACAGAGAGUGACACAGGAAAUAGAUAAAGAUGAAAGAGGCAACCCAAUUUAUCAAGGAGGGAGCUAUGAAGUGUUUGUGACAGAGAACAACAAUGGCGAUAUCGUAGCUUCUGAUCUUAAUGCUAAGGCAGUGGUAGUGGUGGACAGGACAGGAAAAGUCCGAUUCCGAUACAACGACAAACUACCGGGGGGACAGGAACCAUUUAGUCCAAGACAGAUAGCGACCGACUCCAUGGGUCACAUUAUUGUAACAGAUCCGAAUAAUGCCUGUCUACACAUUUUAGAUGAGAGUGGACAAUUCAUUAAAUGUGUGGACAUUCGCGGAUUGAAUGAAUGGCCCACUGGGUUGAGCGUGGACAGUAAAGGGAGGUUAUGGGUUGGGUUAUAUAAUUCAGGUGAAGUGAAAGUGAUCCAGUAUAUAAAUUGAACAUCUGGAUAUUCACAUUGUAAAUAUGCAUAUUAGUGUGGAUCAUUAGUAGAUCAUUCCUAUACCACGCGUGUGUACUGAAGAUUGUCAGUACGUUGCUAAAGGCAGCAUAUUGGAACACAUUUUGACAGUAGUUAUAGAUAUCAAUCUGUUCAAAGUUCUGAAAGAGCAAACACAUAAAACGCUAUGUACUAGAAUACAAUAUGAUUAAAUCCCUAUUAAAUUAAGAUUAACUUUGACCUGUUUCGAAAAUAAAAUGAUAAAUCGUUCUAUUCUGUACAAAACCAUUGAAACGUGGCGCACGCCGGUUGUUGGAAGAAUUUUUCUGCCUCGUCUUAUGAUUCUCCUUAAAACAAAACCUCAGAAAACAGAUAUCUUUAUCUGCAUAGUCCUUGUUGAUUGUUUGUGUUAUGUGAAACCUGAUUCAAAGGUUUGAAUACGGUGAUUAAAUGCUAAAUAUGACAAGGAAGAAAUCGACACAUUUUCAGAAUACAUUGUAUAUCGUAUUACACCCAUUCAAGCUAAAGUGUGUACCAUCUGUCCGUCUGUGUUUAGUAAACCAGAGUCGAUAAAACAAUGUAAAUAGGUUACAGGAGAAAUAUGUUUCUAAAGCUUGUAACAUUGCCUU